CCUCCUCAUCCGGCUCAUCCCCUCCUCCCUCCAUCCAGCCCGCACGCUUGUUCUCAUCACUUCCAGCACCCACAUCUCCCCUUUGUCUCUCGAUCUCUCACCGUCCAUCCAACUCAUCCCCCCGUUCCACUCUCCACUUUCGGCGCCAUAUCCUGCCAGCCGCCCGUGGUUACGUAGCCGCCCAUAUCAGUUCCCGGCGGCCCGAUCAAUCUGGGGAGAGGAAUCUCACAUUCUUAGUCUUGUCUCUCGAGUCCAGCUGGCCUCAGGUCCAUGGUCCACUCAGCCUUCGUCCGGAUCCGCCCUCAACCUGCUAGCUCGUUUAGUCGAUCCCCGCAACUAGUCUCCUCAUCUCAUCUCUCACUCAUCCCGACGCGUUGCUCCUCCUCACCGACACUACAACAGUCCUGACGCGACUCCGUACAGCUAUUCAGCUAGUCGACGCUUGACAGGCCCCUUACGACAUCCUCGCCCUUCUUCCUCCAACUAGCGCAAGAUGAGGCCAAAGGUUCUCGAGAUCGCCUGGCACGAAACGCAGGCCAUUUACUCAUGCGACUUCCAGCCGUUGCCUGUAAGCCAGCUUAAGCGCCUCCUUCCUUCGACUAUCGAAGAGGAGGAUCGCGUUGAGAAGGCCCCCACAGCAGCUCCCGCGCGGUCAUACCGCUUCGCGACAUGCGGUGGUGACUUCAAAGUCCGCCUCUGGAUGAUCCAUCCUAACAUUCCAACGGUCAAUGCGGCCGCGCACGCCGCUCUCACCGGGCAAGAGGUUGCACCUCACCCCCCGCGCGUCGAGUACCUCGCUACGUUGUCCAAGCACACAGCAGCUGUCAACGUUGUACGCUUCUCACCUAAUGGGCAGAUGCUCGCUUCGGCCUCCGACGACGGAAACGUCAUCCUCUGGGUGCCGUCUGACCGGCCCACGACCACAUUCGGCGAGACGCCCGAAGAGACGCCUGACAAGGAGCACUGGCGGCCGCAGAAGAUGCUCCAGGUCACUAACAAGCACGUCAUGGACCUCUCAUGGUCGCCAGAUGGCGAGUUUUUCAUCGCUGGAUCGACAGACAACACGGCGACUAUAUGGAAGGCUUCCACCGGGGAAUGCGUUUUUGCGCUCCGCGAGCACGCGCACAUUGUCCAGGGAGUCAACUGGGACCCGCUGAAUGAGUACAUUGCAACGCAGAGCAGCGACCGCGCCGUGCAUGUCAACACGUUUGCGUUCCGCAAUGGCGUGGCGGACGUUCACCCUGUCUCGCGCCCGUCGCGCAUGGAGAUCCGUCACUCGAGGACGCCCUCGAUUCCAGGGCUGUCGCGCCCACCACUAGCGCGGCGAGGAUCAGCGACUUCUGAGGCCGGAUCUGUCGUGACCACGGCUUCUGAAAUGACUGAGCAGCCUUCCGCUUCAGCCUUGGUAACAGGAAGCCAGCCCCAGCCUCCCCCUACCCCCAGCUCAAUCUCUGUGCCCUCCACGCCCAACACAAGUGUGAUGAACCCUCCUCCGCCGGGGUCUGGACACAAGGGCACAAGCUCACGUCGCUCAUCCUUCUCUUCGCAGGCUCCAGGCUCGCCGGCGCUUAGCAUAUCAGCUCUCGGUCGCGGGCGCUCCCCUUCGCCGAUACCCCCACUGCCAGCCAUGCGUGCCCCUGCCCCGGCUAUCCAAUCGAUAAGCCAGCGCCUCUACGGUGAUGAGAGUGUGACCCGUUUCUUCCGCCGAUUGUCUUUCUCGCCAGACGGUAGCCUGCUUCUCACACCGGCCGGGUUGAUUGAGGACCAGAUCUACAAGGGAUCACCGCUGCUGGUGGCGCGCAGCCUGUCGCACGAUGGCUCAGGAUCCGAGAGCCUUUCGGCUCCCUCGCCUGCUCCACGACCGCGAGCCACCGAUUCGGGCAAACCCACGGUGUACAUCUAUUCGCGCGCCAAUCUCGCGCGCAACCCAAUCGCCCACCUCCCUGGCCACAAGACUGCGGCCGUGUGUAUCCGCUUCUCGCCUAUCUUCUACGAUUUGAGGACAACAGGUACCAGUUCUACCCCGAACGAGCCCAAGCACAUCACCCUCGAUGCAUCCAACCCAUCGCCCGUCCACGUAUCCCUGUCGAUGCCUCCACCGCCACCUCCGCACAAGGAGGGCGAGGACAAGGGCAAGGAUAAACCGUUGGGCAGCAUCUUCGCCUUGCCCUAUCGCCUCCUGUACGCUGUGGCGUGUCAGGACGCUGUGUUAUUGUACGACACACAACAGGCCGGGCCGGUCGCCAUCUUCCGCGGCCUUCACUACGCGGGCUUCACGGAUAUUGCCUGGUCCCCUGACGGGCAAGCCAUGAUGCUCUCGAGUGCCGAUGGUUACUGCUCGAUAGUGGUCUUCGACCUCGGUGAACUGGGCACAGUCCACCCAACUCAACAACACCACCGGCAGCUCGCAGCGAUCGCACAGGCGCACGGUGGGAGCACUUCGGCUGCAGCAACGCCAGUUCCUCACUCGCCCUCUUUGUCGACGAUGCGUGCUAGCCCCGCUCCGCCCCGCAGCGAACGCGAGUCGUCAGUGGCUUCAAGCGCGGCCGUUCCCCCGCCUUUGUUCUCGCAACAGCGCGCACCUUCAUCCGCAAGCAGUGUGGACCAGCCGCUGCCCACGCCUAGUGAGGACGAGAUGCUCGCUGCGGUACGCCGGCCAUCUGCGGCCGGCUCUGCGACUGACGACGCCAAGCGGGGUGCCGAGGAUGCGGGCGCGCCCAGGAAGAAGCGGCGUGUCAUGCUCCAGCAUCUCGGCUCGGACUAGUGGGAGGGGCGCUUGAGUGGUGGCAUACGAGUCAGACGAGCGACGCAUAUGCAUGGAAGUACUAUGUCAUUUGGGCUCCUACUCGCGCGCACAUGACGUUGCUGUAUGCGGAUGCUGGGAAAGGCAAUGGGAAUGGGAAUGGGAAUUCAACGCGGCACUCAUGACGCGCAGCGCGACGUCGACGUAUUGUCGGUCUUGUGUUGAGACACAGUCGAGCAUGUGAUGUCACCAUCCUUACCACCGCGCUCGAGCACGACAUCGAGGCACUCAGCACCGCCGCCAAAAGCGGCAUGCCGACUUUACGACACCCGGCGGUGUCGUCAACAGGUACGCGUAACAUGCCUCUUCCGCCUGCCCCAAUUCAUCAAGGUAAUGUCGUGACUGAACCAGCCACUCUGGCAUCUAUGCUCGCAGCCGGAUACUCUCCACAUACCUCUCCACAUCCAACCAAAUAUCCAUAACACCAUGCCAUG